AUGCCACAAUCCCGGGGUCAGAACUUCAAAGUGCAGGGACGUAGUAUCAACUUAACCCUGAGAAUCGAGUUAGUGGGCAACGUCGACGAAAGCGGCGAAGAACUCGCCAGUGUUAGCGAGGCAAAUGUUGAUGGUAUCGGCCCCCCUACGCUGAACGAGGAGGCCCCACAAGUGAACGACGAUGAAAAACACGAGGAAGACUCCAUCACCAAUCUCAAAAGGCGACUGCAGCUGGCGGAGAUGGAGUGCUCCAGGCUGGAAAGUCUGCACCAAAAGUACAGACUGCGCUGGUUGGAGGAAAAUCAUCGGGCGAGGGUGUUGAAAAAAUACGCACCAGACGAAAUCAGCACUUGUUCACCCCAUCAGAUCGUAUGGAACGCUCCUUCUCCCGCUCCAACAGAGUACGAGACCGAAGUUGACUCGGAUCAAGAAUAA